AAUGUGUCAUUAUCUAGAGGUUUAAGAGUUAAUGAAAUUCCUAUUAGCUGUUUUGAACAGUUAUGCACUUGUCAUAUUUGUCCAGUUUUUUGAACAGUGAUCAUUUGGUCCAUCAACGACAAUACAGUUAGUGUGUUUUCACACAGAACUCUCUGAUUGCAACAUGACACCCACCAACACCAACAUACAGAAGGCGACAACAUUUCUUUUUCUGUUCUGAGGGGGUGGGGAGCGUGUGGGCCAUGUGAAAGGUGCAAGAGAGCCUCUGUUAGAGCAGUUGUGCUGCUAGAGAAAUGAAAGAGGCCAACGGCUACAAAGAACAUGGAAAUCAGGAAUGAACUGGAUUUUCUUUCUCUUGGAUGCAAGGAGUAAACGGAAGUUUUGGGCUGCGAGAAGAUAAAGAGGUAGUGCAGAUUCCGGAUACAGAUACAGAUCAGAGGACAGCUAGGCCUUGAAGGACACGGAGUGUAAGAAAAGGAAACUACUAAAGUAGCACAUGCCAUUUUUAUACCUGGAUUAAAUGCAACAAUAUAUGUGACUGUAAUUACAGAAGCAUAUCUUCAACAUACAUUGCCAGAAAAGUGAUUCCAGUGAAUGAGAACACCCUUUUUCAAUCAGUUGAAAAACACACUUGCAUUGGUCAUUGGACAAGCUUAAAUAAAUUGUGAUUUUUUUGUAUCAUUUACAUCAGGACAAUUUUACAAUGCCAACACACUGCAGCAGUCACUGAGGAGGUUGUGUUGGAUUCUGAAAGAGACUGGACUUUAACAACAACCAAUCCAUUAUCUGUAAUUUGCUGGUAUAGUUAAGGAAACGAUACAAAUGUUUCUAAACUCUAUCCUUGUGGUCAUUACUGACCUGGCAGCUGGACUUCUUGGCAAUGCAUCAUUUCGACGUCAUUUUCAUUUGUUGCUGUCAUCAUUGCUCUUGUUCGGGCCCCUCCUGAGCCUAUGGGUUUCCCAUUAUAGUAUCUUUGCAAAGAGGACACACUUUCUUUACAGGGUGUUCCUGCGCUCAGGUUGGGGCUGGACCUGCAUCUUUGUUGGCUCUUUUGUCUUCGUCCUUUCUUUCUCAGUUCGUCGCUCUCUCACACUUUCCCUGCGACACCUUUCUCGGCUAGCUGUGGCAGGUGGACUGUGGCUGGGCUUCCGCAAACUGCUUUGUCUGUUGGAAAAUGCCACUGGGAGCUGCUAUGAGCCCCUCAGUUCCACUCUUGAGUUGGCUUCAGGGACCAAUGGAGAUCAGCCUUUACUGCUUUUACGAGAAGGUGAAACAAAGGAGGCAUGUGUCCGCUCUGGCAUGUUGUGGCGUGGCUAUGAAGUAUCUGAAGAUGCACUCCUACUGUGUUUGUGCUGCCUGCUUCUAGCUGAGGAGACUGCAGUAUUUGGGCCCUACCUGAGCCUGGGUGGACCCUCUGGAGCCCCACUGCGCAUCCUUUUCCUGUUCUGCGUCCUGCUGUUGAGUCUUUGGGUGUUUCUGCUGCUCUGCCUGCUGGCUUACUUCCCACAGUUUCCUACUCAGCUUUUGGGGGGUGCCCUGGGUUGUUUGAGCUGGAGAGUAUUGUAUCAGGGCUGGUACAGACUUGGACCUAGUUGGUACUGCCCUGGGAGGCCAGGGGUGGGACUUUUGUCAACACAGAGCAAACAGGAACAGACAUCUGAGACGCUGUGUGAAAGUAAUGCUAAAGAGAUCAACUAGAGAAGGCUUGAGCUAUUUGCUUGGUACAAUUUGGUCUUAACUAUUCAUAGUGGUGCUGCAGUAUACCAGUGGAAACCACAGAAUAUCUGGCCAAAUCUCUAUCAAUACAAGAUGAAUGCCUAUUUGAUCCAAAUUGUUGGCCUUUAUACAUUAAUGCGUGCUUACUAAACCCCCUGUCAAAUGGAAUAAGAUGGUCAAGAAG